UGUGAGUUCUCAUCUGUUUCUCUUCAUCGUAGCCACCAAUCAAUACGCAGCGUAAAAGUUGAACUCCAAGAAUGAAUAAAAGCUAAAUUACAAUUUGUAAUUUACAAAUAUCACAAAUAUCAUAAAUAUAUAAAUUAAACCCGGAUUGUUAUCAAACUGUACAUAAUUAAAGUGCAUGGACUUCUACGAAUAAAUACCAACACAUACAUACUGAUAAGGCAAAACAUAAGGUCAUUUUAAAAUAGGGAAAGUUUCUAAAUAUCUGUAUGUACAUACAUAUCUACACAUCUCUCUAUCGGAAAAAAUUUAGUAUGGUUCGAUGCGACCGGACAUUCAAGCAUCUAGUUUGUAAUUAAGACAAAAUUGACAGCGCGGUCUGAACCUGGUCAUGGAGCAGCACCCACCAUCAUCCACCUCUCCCGAGCCCACACACCCCCUCAAAAUCCCCGUCAUCCUCUCCUCCCUCUUCGCUCACGUGACCCUCCCCGACCUAAAAACGGCCCGCCUCGUCUCCAAACUAUGGCACUACGAAGCCACCCACUUUCUCCUGCUAGGUUCCAAAAUCACCAUCGAUUUCAAACCUUACAUAACCUGCGAUAAAACCGCCCGACUAGCCAACCUCGCCUUAAUCUCGUCCCUACCCCACCUUUCCCCCCAGGAAGAAGGCGGAACCGCCCCCACUCUGGAAAUCAAACUACCCCAGUUCAUCACCAACCUCCUCCCAGAACUCCAACUCGACUCUCCAAUAAAACCAUGCGGCGAAUCAAUCGCCAAUGUCGGACACGAAAUCGAAACACUUUUCGACCCAGGUCCAGAAAUCUGGGAAACUUUGAAUUACCCCGAAAUUACGCCGUGGUCACGGAUACACUUCAUCCUGCAAGACGUACAAUUACUCCUUACCUGUAAUUCCCCCCAAUUAAGAGAAGUCAUACUUUUCGCACCGAUAAAUACGGACUCGACGUACGCCCUUUUUCUCGCCGUGCUAAGAAAACUUGGGGUUUUACCGAGAUUAGAAAAACUUGAGGUGACCAUCGUUUUCGGGAUGCCAUUUUUUAACAAACUUUUACUGCAAGAUGUCCCCCCACCCCCGGAAAUGGUUAUCUUCAACUCGAUAAGAACAUUCACAAUAAGUAUUAUCCACGAUCCGAAGUAUUGGACAAGUGCGAAAAUAUUUCUGCAAGGUUGGAUCCCGCACGUCGUGGGGGGAAUGGGGGGACGUCUGAACGAGAUAAUUUUGAAAUUGGGAAGUGACCUGGACACCUUAUUUUUGCACGAUGUGCAGAUUUAUUACCCAAAUUUUUACACGGGAUUAAGAUCGAUUUCGAUUUUACAUUCGAGCAAGGACCUUUUUCAGUGGGUCAGAAAUUUGCCGGGUUUUGUCACCUUGACGAAAUUGGAGGUGGCGACGAGACCGGAAAUGGAGCCAGAUUUGGAGAAGGAUAUAGAAACUUUGUUGAUUCAGCAUUCCGUAACAUUGAAAAGUUUCGAGGUGAGGUUACAUCGGCCAAGGGGGGAGAAGAAUUUGGCGAUAAAGUUGCCAAAAUUAGCACAUUUGGAGAAGUUGCGGAUCAGUAUUGGUGCUGGGAAUGAUGGGACGUGGAGUAAGGACUGGGUGCGAAGGGGGAGGCAGGAUUGUGGGGUGGAAAGUGACAGAACUUCGGCUACCGUGACGUUUUAUUCGGAUCAGGUCAACCAUGGGGUAGAGAUCGCCACAACGCUUCCAAAAUUAGAUUCACUCGGAUUGUGGACAUCCGGACGAAGUGAGCAUGACGAUGCGGACAGUGACGUCGUAACCUUUUCCGAUUUUCCGUUCUUCCAGUCAUUCAUAUCGUUGACCUGUGGUGAUGAAGAUGACCCCGUUUGCCCCACUUUGCGACACUUGUUCAUCCCGCAUAACAGUCUGGUGGGGUUGAGUGGUCGGAUGAAGGGGAGGAUUCGCAGGAUGUUUCCGAACGUGAAUAAUCCCUGGUUGACUGGUAGGACGAAGGGAGGAGGAGACUUUUCGCACAUUUAUGAUAGCAAAUUUUAGACAAUCUUUACACUAUUAGAAAUUCAAUACUAAAAUAAUACCAAGCGGUAUUCAUAAGAAAAAUCGUGUAGUAAUAGCUCGGUAUUAAAGUUUUACCAGUUCGGAAGGAAGUUUUUAGUAAAAACUUUUUACGGACGGGUAUAAUUUUAAUAUCUAUAUAGAAAUCAUGCUUACAUAUGUAACUAUACCAGAGUUCUAACAGUGCACCCCCAAAGUAUAUAUCAGACUGUUAUCAUUAAAAACUCAAUAUUCGGUUUCAGUAAUAAAGUCACAGCUGGUAUUGAUAAUA